CUGUAUGUGUGUGUAUUAAUACAUAAUAAAUUUACACAGUACACAUGCAUAUAUAUUAUGUAAAUAAAAACUUAUUGUACACACAUGUUUGUUUUUGUGAAAAGUGGGGACAUCCCAUAGGCGUAAUGGUUUUUAUACUGUACAAACUGUAUAUUCUAUGGCCCUACAUCAACCCUACACCUAACCCUCACAGGAAACAUUGUGCAUUUUUACUUUCUCACUCUGUAUGGUUUAUAAGUGUUUUGAAAUAUGGGGACAUGGGUUAUGUCCUCAUAAGUCACCCUCUCCUUGUAAUACCUGUGUCAUACCCAUGUCAUUAUACAGAGUUGUGUCCUGAUAUGCCCACAUAUACACACAUACAUAGGCCUAUAUAUUAUGUAGCAUAAUAUAAAACAGUCCGGUCUGAAAAUUUUCACUGUUCUACAAAUUAACUGACAUGUCAAAUCUUCAAUUCAAAAUUUUUUAAAAUAUUUGAUUCUUUUAAGAUUUAAGGUUUGAAUAAUUCGUAAUUUAAAGUGAGAAGAAAUCAGGUGUUUUUCCUCUGAGUUUAAGCUCUGGUGGCUUUGUGUGUGUGUGUGUGGUGUGAUUAUAGUGAAGACGGACUGUGUUUUUGGGCCUAUUGGAUCAGUGUUGUUAAGAGGGCUUGCAUUGUUCAAACUGAUCCUAUUGUCCUCUGUUCUGUAGGCAUCAAGGGCAUUGAGGACUCUGUCUAUAUAGCCAGUGGACACAGUCUGUUCCUGCUUACAUCGAGGGAUGUUUGCACCCAAGGAAAUAGGGACACUUGCUUUCUCUAACACAGAAAAACAUACAGGUCAUUUAGGAGUCAGCUUUAAGAGAAAAUGUAGAGUUUAGCUGAUUGGAACAGUCGGUAUCGUUUUAUGUAGUAGGAGUAAGUGGUUUUUGGAUCUAGCUUUAUCCUUUAGAGGUGGUUUAUUAACAGUACCGCACUUCAGCCGUGGGCUUCAUACAAACCUGCUGAGUUUUCUGCUCAUUUCAGACAACUCCCAGCGGAGCUGAUGCCCUGAUUGUUUGAGAAACCUGACAAGUGCGAGCCAUCUCAGAGUUCAGCUUGAACACAUCCUCGCAGGCCGGAUCUCAUUCGGAAAACUCGGGAGAAUCAAGUCAUUUCCAUCUCCUCUCCCGAUCUAUCAUCAGUGUCAUAUUUCAUUGAUAUUGCUUUCAUUUUUGUUCUGUCAGGAAGGGCACAGCCCUGCUGUCGAGCAUAUAAACAACUGUAUUUUACGGGGCUCUUGUGCAGCAGGGUGGCUCUCAGCUUCAUUUUCAGCGCACUAUGGUUUGUAUCAUUCUCUCUAUUCAUCACACGCCCGUGUGCGCACACACACACACACACAUCCUGUGCCCAAUCACAAGCCCAAGGCUAAAUGUGUCUUCAGUGAAUGACUGUCACCUCUCAGUAUCAAAACACAUUCAAAACAUUGUUGACAUCCAGGCACUGACUCCGCAUCGAUUUACUACUCAAGCGAAAGUGUUUUAUCACGCCGAACUUUGUGGGUUUUUUGUCAACUUGCUUUAUUUAUUAAAAGAGAGUAAAUUCUUUGCUGGUGGCUUCCUCAAAGCUGCACUACAUUUGCUGCUUUUAAUGUGCAAAUCACCUCAUUCUGUGCUGCCACCUCUUCCCAUAGAUGCCGAGCAACUACCAUUCUGCCUCUGCUUUCACGCUUACGCACUUUUUCCCCCUGAUAUAACACUUUUCUCUUUAGCUUUACUUAGCAGUGUGCCCCCAGUCCACUUGACCUGUUUUUACUCAAUAACUGUUCAUUUAGCCUGGAAAAUGGGACCGUUUCUAAAGCAGCAAUCCCAGCUCCUCAGGCUUUAUGAAUGUGCUCAUCAAAUGAAGAGGGGUUGUAGAGGUGUUAGUGACUUGUGGAAAGCCCUGAGCCUGGCCUGAGCCCUCAUUAAUGACUUUAGAGAAGUGGCCAGCGCUGAUGAGCCUAACCCCUCGAAUUACUCUGCUUUGAUGUGAGCCAGUGCAUUGUAAUGCUUGUUUGAGUUUAAUGAAAUGCCAGAUGAGGAUCGGUUCUUGAUUGGGCGAGGGCUUGGAGUGCUCUGGGUGCCAUUCCCGGUUAACAAGUGAAUUUUCAGGUCUGUGGAUUACGCAAGAGUGGUUUAUUUUCUCAAACGUCUGAUUAUUUUGACGUGGUAGUAACGCAGGCUGGCUGGUUGGCACGGAGCCUGACAGUUUUGUGAACAGCAUGAGGAUAGGGGUCUGUUGACUGACACAUCGCACCGAGACGUCUCCGCUGGGGGUAAAGCACCAGACCACACCAGAGGAGGGACAGUGCGACGUGGGGGAAGAAACAUUGCACAUUUGACAGCUCUUCUAUUUCGCACUUCUAGUUUUUCUUUCUCCACCCCGCCCCCACUCUCAUCCUCCUCUUCCUCUCUUUUAGAAUGUCUGUGCAUCAGCACCUUCCCUAAGGUGGACGAUCUAAUCAGGACAGUAUCAUUUCUCUCUCCUGCGGCAAGCUUUGCCUCGGCAGCACCUGUCAAACGCUCUCUGUCAGAGGGCAGAGUGACUUUGAAGCCCUACUAAUGACCCUAGAUAGCUUUUCUCUCACGAUCUCUUCCCAGAUCUUGAAGAAAUGCGCUUCAUCUUGCAUACAGAUGAUUUGUCCACUGGAAGUUGUGGUUUCUCUGAUAAUGUGGGAAUGAAAUGCUUCAAGUAGCAUUUAAAAUGAACACUGUUGUAAGUCUUUUUCAGUGAGAUUAUUCAUAAGCAACAGAAAAUGUUUUUUAACAACUUUUUUUUUUUUUAAAAGAGACCUGGGUUCUUUUUUAAAUGUAUGUAUUUUUUUUUAUUUAUUAAUUUAUUUAGCACUUUGAUGUAAAAAGUAUUUUUGGGGAAAUUGUGGGAGGAUAUUUACAUUUUACUUUUUUCUUGCAUUCAAUAGGUAUGGUGUGGUACACUCAUUAACAACAGCAGGAAGAUACAUUUUUUGUGCUUCUCCCAAAUUCUAGAAAAGACACAUUUUGAACCAAAAAAUGUCUAAAAUAUAAAUAUAUACUAAUAUAAGUAAGUAGUUUAAUACCUUUGGUGACAUGACAUGGCCAUUGUCUUCCAAACAGCUGGCUUCAUGUUCUCAUGUUUUUGGUAGCAACACAAAACGCCUCUGAAGUCGGUCUUGCUUUUUAGUGUGCUUUAAGCGUGUUUGCCACCAUCCCAGCUGGAGUGCAGUUUUCCAGUUCCCUGUGUUGCCAUGACAUUAUCAACAAGAACAAACUUUGGGCUUGUGACAGUCAGCCUCCGCCAGUGUUUGCUGAAGAUAAGUGAAAGAACCACAGGUCUUCAGAUGCCUUGACAACACACACCAAAGGGAAAAUAAAGAGACGGACCUCUGGCCAGCCAUUUUCUGUUUGGAAUGUAGAUUCGUUCCCCUUUCUGCGAACACUUUCCACGCCAGAGCAUCAUGUGAAAGCGCUCCCUAGUGCUAUGUUUUGUUUUAACUCGAUUAUCAAAAGAAAACCGCCCUUCCAUGGCCAUCAGGCUGCAUUGUCCUAGCGUUUUGUCAUAUUUUUCCAGGCCGAAACAAAUUCAAUUGGAAAUCUAAUUCUGUUUGUGAGGGAGCUGAUUAGCAGGGCGGUGUUUCACUGGGGACAGUUUAUGGUGUGGUAAUGGAAUGACAUGUAUAAAUUGUCAUCUGACACAGAGAUCAAGUGAACCGGAGAACAGUAAACAUGGCCGUCUCGUCUUCUUUCGGUUUAUACCCUUCACCUUGCUCUGGAAGGUUACCACUCUUGGUUUAAUGGUUGUGUGUAGAACAAGGGCAGAAAUUAACUGAUAUUAGCCCCCUAGAGUUGAUUUCCAGGGGCAUUUUUUUUUAUUGUGUCUUUGCUGUCAUUUAUGUCAAAUAUUUAAAUUUAACCCGUUCACAAAAAAAGAAAAAAAGAAAACAUCAACAUCAACAAAAUCCAUUUUUACACUGCAGAGGUAAAACAGAAACUGCCUUUGACAUGGCAUUCAUGCUUAGUUUCUAUUUAAUGCUGCUCAAAGCUGCAUGUAUUUACACAGCAAAUGCAUAAUGUACAUAUCCUACUGUACUCAGAGUAUGAAAAUUAUAACAUAAAACAUAAACCUAUUACAGGUUAGGCCUGUUAUAUUAUGACAAAAAUCAUUAUUGCUCUUGAUAUUGUAAAAAUGAUGCAUUUUUAUGGAUUAGAAAAUUGAGACUUCAUAUUGGUUAUUUUAGUAGCUUGAAAAAACAUAUUCAAACGGGAGUAAAUCGUAUGCAGAAAACAGGAAGAAACAUCACCGAAGCAGGUCAUGACUUCAUUCUAGCGUAUGUUAUGCGCUCUAUUACAAUUACUGAAUCUGUCUAGACUGCAAAAUUAAUUUCUUUAUAAAUUUUUGCAGUUUCUACAUGUGCUGAACAAAACUCCAGUAUUUUUGAUGGUUGGCCAUUGGCCAUUUUAUUCAUGCAUACUUGUGGAAUUUGGUUAAAAUACUCAACGCUGCAAAGAAAAAAAAAUAAGUAAAAAAAAAAAGUCUGCUUCAACGCGUAAUGCUGCAAUCUAAAUGUAAUGCCUCAAUCAGCACAUUUAUCUUCACGUUUCACUUUAAUCACGACAUCCAUAAUAGAAUUGUACAGGGGAAUUUUUUUGCCACCUUAUCUUACAUUUUGGUGGCAUUUUUGGUUAUAAUACUACAACACUGCAAAGAAAAAAAUGUGUAAAAAGAAAUCUGAUGCAAUGAGUAAUGCGACAAUCUAAAUGUUAAGCUGCAGUCAACACAUUUUCACUUUAAUCGCGACAACCAUAAUAUAAUUGUGUGUAAUAUAAACACCGUAUCUUAAAUUUUGUUCUUUUUGGUGGAUUUUUUUGCCCAAAACCCCUGUUAAUUUCCGACCCUGGUAUUGAACCAAGAGGUUGUACCUCAAGGUUACGCAAAGACUGUGAAAUGUCCUCCAUGGCGUCAUGUGUGCUGCCCCAGCACUAAUUCUGCGAGAACCCCGUGUAUUUCCUUUAGAACGAUGAAACAGGGAGAUAUGCAUUUUUUGGUCCAUGGCUGUGCGAUCUUAACCUCAGCUCUAAUUGCCUGUGUCAGCUGUGGGCAGGGAUAGCGAGGCGUGAUAACUUAAUGCGCCAGCCCCAGAUCCUGCUGACUCAAGCACGGCAUAUGUUUUCCUGCGCCUUUCCUAGCCCAGGACAAAGCUACAGAAAUCUAAACAAGAUGUAUGCGCUGCCUGCUUCUCAUGUGCGCUCCUAAAUAGUUUGUCACUGCCGCAUUAGAAUUGGAUGUGAACUGCGCUCCUGGGAAGAUGGCUGAGAUGAAAACUCAUCUGGAUGUAAACAUAUGGCAGGCAGUAACGUGUGAUAGGUGUGUUGGUGGUUAAUUAGCAGAGGAUAGCGACAGAGACUGUGUGUUAUCGUGGCCUCGGCCUCAUGGCUUUUGUUUAUCUGGCACGCGGUCAGGCUGCAGCUGCGUCGGCCCGAGCCGAUGUGUGUGUGUGUGUGUGUGUGUGUGUGCUCACACCUGCCCGCUCCUCUCCCGCUAAUCAGAGCAGAUUACACUUCGCAAUUAGUCUCCCAACAGCUCAUCACACCACGCCAAGACCAGAGCUCUCAUCUCCUCAAAAUCAGCCGCACUUGGCAGCAAAAGGCGACUGCCGAAUGUAUAAGAUCUCUCAGCCUGCCGAGCAAGGAAAGAGAGAUCUUCGGAAAGGAGCCUUGGUCUAAAUGGGUCCGGUUAUGCCUCCCAGUAAGAAGCCGGAAAGUUCCGGGGUCAGCGUCGCGAGCGGCCUGAGCCAGUUCUAUCAGGCGAGCUCUAUCACUCGCGCCCUGCAGGAGGCCGAGGAGAUGGACCUGGCUCUUCCCACCAUCAAACUAGAGAAGGGCAGCAUGGAGGACGAGGAACUCACCAACCUCAACUGGCUUCACGAGAGCAAGAACCUGCUCAACAGCUUCGGUGACCCUGUGCUGAGGAGCGUCAGCCCCGUCCAGGACUUGGACGAUGACACCCCGCCCUCCCCGGCCCACUCGGACAUCCCUUACGACGCCAAGCAGAACCCGAACUGCAAACCCCCUUAUUCCUUCAGUUGCCUCAUCUUCAUGGCCAUAGAAGAUGCCCCCUCCAAGAGACUGCCAGUUAAAGACAUAUACAAUUGGAUCCUGGAACACUUCCCUUACUUUGCCAACGCGCCCACGGGGUGGAAGAACUCAGUCAGGCACAAUCUGUCUCUCAAUAAGUGUUUUAAGAAAGUGGACAAGGACAGGAGUCAGAGUAUCGGGAAGGGCUCCCUUUGGUGCAUAGACCCCGAAUACAGACAGAAUCUCAUCCAGGCGCUGAAGAAGACGCCUUAUCAUCCUUAUUCCCAGGUGUUCACCACGCCUCCCACCUCUCCUCAGGCAUAUCAAAGUAUGUCCAGUACUCCAAUUUGGCCAGGAAGUCCUUAUUACAGAAAAAACAAGGGAGUCCUGCUUCAAGUCCCUCAGGGAGUGAUUCAGAAUGGAGCUCGAAUGAUGAGCCAGGGCCUCUUCCCAGGAAUCCGACCCCUUCCCAUCAACCCCAUUGUCAGCAGGACAGCCGCUGUCAGGUCAGUACUCGGAUACAGAAUAACCAGUGAUGGCGAGCCCACCUGUAACUCUCCACUGGUCAACAGCGACCCCAAGGAGGACCACACCUACAGUUUUGCCAAAUCUUCCAGCUCGGAUGUUGAAGAAGAGGCCAACUGCGAUGGAAGCGAGGUGAGCUUCCACGCCAACGAGGCCAGCAGCGAUGCAGAGGAGGACGACAAGAGCAAAAUCAAGAAGGAGCCCAAGGAAUGGUCCGUGGACGCCCUCGCUCUGGCCCAGCACAAGAAACGGCAACAUUUGACAAAAGUCAAACAGAGAGUGGCCAGUGACACUCUUCCUCUAAAGAAGAGGCGCACGGAGAAGCCUCCGGAAAGUGACGACGAGGAGAUGAAGGAGGCGGCCGGAUCCUUGCUUCAUUUGGCAGGAGUCAGGGCCUGUUUGAACAAUAUCACCAACCGGACGGCAAAGGGGCAGAAAGAGCAAAAAUAAUGAACUGACUGUAUUAUAAAGAGAAAAAAAAAACAUCACUUUGAAUAGAAUUUACUAUUUUUUUUCCAGGACAUCAGGUGAAUUCUACUGAUUUGUGGCAAUAUCAACAAUCACUUUGUUUUCCUAUCUUUAUAGGUAACAUUUCGCUGAGGGUUCUUUGUUUUAGUUCACUUUUAGUUCAUUUUAUUGUGAUUUCUUUUUUUAAUCUACGGAGAUUAAAGCCAUAGCCUUCCCUUUUUGAAGAUAUUCUGUAAAACAUUUCAUUCGACUGAGAAAAAAGUGAUAGUAAAAAUUGUCCUGCCCCAUUGUCAUAGUUAAAGGGAGAGUUCACCCCAAAAGUUUUGUUUUAACCAAAUUGAAUUCUGUCAGAUCUGAAAGAUUUCUGUCCCUCCACUGAAAGUCUGUUCAACCAAAACUCUGACACUUUAAUAAGAUCAUUAAGAGAUCAUAAAAAAAAAAAACGAAUCCACAUACAUUAAAUGGUUUAUUCCAAGGUUUUGCUUUGUCUGAUGAACAGAUUUAAUUUAGUCUUAUACAAAAAUUAAGCAAACAGUGUUUAUAACAUUCAGAUUUGGUUGUAGAAGCUCAGAGGUUUGGCUGAAAACACUUUCAACUGGACAGAAAUUUCACAUUUCAUUAAAAAUAUCUUAAUUUGUGUUUGGAACGGCAUAAGGGUGAAUAAAUGAUGACAGAACUGUAAUUUUGGGGAGAACUAAUCCUUUAAAAACAUGACAACAAAUUGUGUCAGAGUAGUUCUCGAGUUAGUGAUAAUUAUGGGUUAUUGUAAUCUCUGCUGUAAUAUAAGAUGUUUUAGAAGCACAGGGCAGUGCCAAAGACAAUCCUCAAGCAGUUUCUGUGAUGUCACUUCCCUUGAUGCUCUGGUCGUUAAAGCAUCGUGUGGAAAACACUCAUAGUUGUUCUUUUGGCUCGUAUGAAUCAGAGUUCACUGGGAUGAGGGUAAAGACAUAAGCUUUAGCCAUAGUGUUUUUUGGAGUCAAAAGUGAUACAUUUACCAAUAAGUAUCUUAAAACUGCCCAAGUUUUUUCCUAAGCAAUCAAAUUGAGUGAUAUUUUCCAUCUAAACCGAUAGUGGAUGGUGAUACUCUUUCUUCGGCACAAUGAAAAUGAAAACUCGGAGCUAAAGCUACAAUACCUGCCAAUUUUAUUUUAAUAGCAGAAAAUAAUGACUGUGGAGUUGUUAUGUGUUUGUUCAUUUGUUUACGUUUUUACAACUUUUGUUUUUUUGAAACCCUCGUGAUGUAAUAAGCAAUUUCAUCCAGUCAGGAUAAACACUGUAUAAAAUGAACACUAGACCAUUUCCUUUCUUAAUUUAAGCAAUGUAGCCAGCAGGAUUUUCCAAAUCGUGUUGCAUGGGUUCUGUAAAGAUAAAAGAAGACCGUUUAAAAAAAAAAAAAUCAAAGUUCAUGUAAGGUAAAUAAUGUAUUUAGCAUGGAGCAUGAAUUAUUUUCAUAUAUAAAUAUGCCAAUAGGCCUAGUCUCUUUCGUUGUUUUUGUCGGAUUUGAUUUCCAUUUGUCGUCCUCAUCACCUUUGUGUUGAAGCAGGCAUCUUUAACAAUUACCUUCUUCAGGGACAAACACUGACUGUUGGGAAACUCUCUCUGCAAUACGAGGACUGGGACUCAGGCCGUCUCGGUCCACUCUAGCGGCCGCCCCAAAUACCCUCGAAUACCCGCUACGUCAAUGUCCGAGAAGUUCGUAGUGAGUGUCGGUCCCCUUCCGGCUGUCGUGCCUGCUUUACUUCCAUAUGUAAUCCAGAUGUGCAUGUCUGUGAUUUAUUCAGGGUCUUCCAUUUUGUUCCACAAGACUUUGGAUCUUCAUUUUUUUUUUUUUUUAUUCCUAUAUUUACAUGUAGCAUUGUUCAGGAGUCAUCAGUAUUGAUUCAGUGGUUCUCGGUACAGGCAGUCAGACGGUUAUUUACGCCUCCACGCAUAUAUAUUUAAGCACUUAUAGACAAUAAAAACAAGUGAUACCAGAGCUCAGUGCAAACGUUUGUGUAUAUAUCUUCACGACCUCACCGAAUUGCACUUUUACCGUUUUAACGUAUAGUAAAGAACUUAAGGAUUCAGUGCCAAAGCCAGUAAUGACUCUCUACACCAGAGAUGGGCACUUGAGUUAGUGACUCGGGCUCGAGUCGCUUUUUUAUUGACUUCAGACUUGACUUCAGUUCAGAUUUGACCUGAAAUGACUCCAUACUUGACUUGGCUCGAGGAAAAUGACUCGGGAAAAUUUUUGAGAAUUUUAUCCUUAAAUACUUCUAUAGCCGAUAUUCAAAAGGCGGACUGCAUCCGUAUCCCGGCAUCCAUCCAGAAUUGAUGUUAGAUGGUUACCAUAGAACUUAAACUUUGUAACUGCUAGUUAUCUUUCUUUUUUGCUCAAGAUGAGAGCGUUCAGAUUAUUUUGUUUCUAGUAGAUAAUGCUUUUAAGUAAAAUAUGAAAUAGUAAUAGAUUUCAGGAACUAAACCCUGAAAAAACUAAAACAGUAUGCUAUUUUAAUCUGUCACGUGGCCUUACAUGUAUAUAAAUGUAAAAAUACAAUACAUGUAAAAAAAAAAAAUACAAUAAAUUGUCCAGACCCUGAACUUUAAUUGAAUACCCCUGACUUAUAUCAUAAAGCAAUACUUAAUUUGUAUGGUUUUGUAACAUCUGUGUCAUGGUAGAUUGGACUGUUAUUAUAGAAUUUGAUUACAGAAAAACAUGGUAAUGGAUUAAAACAUAACAGGCUGGAUGUACAUUACAUCUUAACACCCCUUCUUUUUACAAAGCAGAUCAUAGAUCAUGUAUUUUGUCUGUAGCCUAUAAAACAGAUUAGUAAAUAGGAAUAUCUCAGUACAUGAGGAUUCUGAUUGAGAUUUUUUUAGCGAGCCGUUAAAUGACUUGAUACUCAACUCGGACUCGUGACCAAAGACUCGAGACUUGACUCAGACUCUGGCGAUAAAGACUUCAGACUUGACUCGGACUCCAAGUUAAAGACUUGUGAACAUCUCUGCUCUAUACACUGCUAAAUGGACGAUGCAUACUUGAUAUGUCUGUCACACACUUCAAGAAGUUGUAGCAUUUCUGUCAAGUACUCAUGUCUAAGAUGUUCUCCAUUAUAUCUGUUAAUAUCACACUGCAUUGCUGUGUUUCACGAAGUCACACUGCCUUCCCCAUUCAUCCUACGAUGAUGAUGAUGAUGGUUCGACCCGAUAUUUUGUAGCGUGUUGAAUGUUAUAUCUGCCCCAUGAGUGUUAAUGUGAUGUCUCCAGUUGGCAUGCCUUUCCCUAACCGAGCUAGACAUUUAUUGACGCAAAAUAACCCUGAUUAUAACCUUGUCUGCUGGUCUUUAUAAACAUCUGUCAUAACACAUUUCCGUUCAAUAUGCUUCAAACUGGGAAACCGGUAGAGAGAGCUAUGAGUCCUUUAUACACUGCCUUCCUUCAAAGACAACACUCACUACGGAACUUUUCCUUUCUAGUUCUUUUCGAAGGAACUUGAAACAUUUUAAAAAGCAUAAAGAAGAGACAGCCAAAAAAAAAAAAUGUUAAUAGGAGGUGAAGUGUUUCUUUUUCUUCCCAUUGUUUUUUUUGUUUUUUUUUUAAAGGUUCCUUUUAACUGCCAUUCUGUUAAGUGUUUGAGUUGUUUAAGAUGAAAGUAACGGAGUCCAUUUGGUUUGUGAUGAAAUAUUCAGUCUGAUGGCAUGUGCACCCUGCUAAUAUGUCAAUAUAGAGGUGUAAUUGCACUCUAUAUUUUCUUUGACUUCGAAUCAUAUUGCCAAAGACAACUAUUUUAUCGAUUAAUGUAAAUACCACUUUGUCCAUUGCUAUGACAUAUUCUAUUUGUUUUUGUUUUGUUUUUUGUUUUGUUUUUUUCUCCAACCCUACCAUCAAGUUUCUGUGAUGUAUUGUCUUCCAGUUGCAAUAAAAAAAAAAGUUGCAAAGGUGA